GGGCCCGCCCCUGUCCGCCGAGGCCACGCCCCUGACCACGCCCCCGUAGGCUCCGCCUCCUCUGCGUCUCUGUCGGCCCCGGGGUCCCCUGCGCACCGAAGAUGGCGGCCGCGGCGGGAAGGUUGCUCCGGGCUUCGCUCGCCCGACAUGUGAGUGCCGUUCCUUGGGGCAUUUCUGCCUCUGCAGCCCUUAGGCCUGCUGCUUCUCGAAGAAUGUUUUUGACAAAUGCCUUGUGGUCUGGUUCUGAUCAAGCAAAAUUCGCCUUUAGCACCAGUUCCUCAUACCAUGCCCCCGCCGUCACCCAGCAUGCCCCCUAUUUUAAGGGUACAGCCGUUGUCAGCGGAGAGUUCAAAGAAAUUAGCCUUGAUGACUUUAAGGGGAAAUAUUUGGUGCUCUUCUUCUAUCCUUUGGAUUUCACCUUUGUGUGUCCUACAGAAAUUAUUGCUUUCAGUGACAAAGCCAAUGAAUUUCAUGAUGUGAACUGUGAAGUCGUUGCAGUGUCGGUGGAUUCCCACUUCAGCCACCUGGCCUGGAUAAACACGCCGAGGAAGAAUGGCGGUUUGGGCCAUAUGAACAUCGCACUCUUGUCAGAUUUGACCAAACAGAUUUCCCGAGACUACGGUGUGCUGUUAGAAGGUCCUGGCCUUGCGCUACGCGGUCUCUUCAUAAUUGACCCCAACGGAGUUAUCAAGCAUCUGAGCGUCAAUGAUCUCCCAGUGGGCCGAAGCGUGGAAGAGACCCUCCGCUUGGUGAAGGCGUUCCAGUUUGUGGAAACCCAUGGAGAAGUCUGCCCGGCCAACUGGACACCCGAGUCUCCUACAAUCAAGCCCCAUCCAACUGCUUCCAGAGAAUACUUUGAGAAGGUAAAUCAGUAGACCAUCCUGUGCACACCUGAAGCUUCCCACACCAGAAAAGAACCACAGUGGGAACUCACUUGUAGCUUUUCAAAGAUUAGUAUUUUUAGAAAGCAAAAAAAAAAAAAAAAACUCAAUGAUGCUUGUAUUCAUAAAUAGUAUUACUCUAAAUGUUUUGUUUUUGUAAUGUUAGCCAAGGCUUUUAAAACGUUUUCAGUUACUAAUGUAAUGAGUCCAGGGCAAGGUAUGGAUGGAUGGCUAGUUUCUACAGAGUGUGUAGUUCACCUAUUUCUUGGAUCAUGUCUUCAGUAGGAAAAGGAAACAGAUCUUUUUCCUCAGCCUUACUUGAACCUUUGUGUAUACCAGAGUAGUACGACAGGUAUUGAAAACUUCUGAUCAAGGGUCCUGAAAUUUUCCUCUUGAAUUUCUUUGUAUUAAAACUGAAUUUUCUUUAAAGACCAUAGUUUUAAGUUCUUAGUAUUAGUGGUCUAACUUAACACUUGCAAUGAAUGUGUGUAUGGUUGAAGGAAAUGUGAAUCAUGUUUUUUUUUAAAAAAAAACAACACAGUGGCAAAGUGACUUAACUGAUCAUGCAUGUUCCCCAUUCCUGAGAUUUAUAGUUUAUAUAGUUAUUGUACUUACUUUGUUAGCUGACUUAGUGUCUACAUACAUUUCUAAUAUUGAUUGGGUAUAAUUAGAAAGGAUAUUUAUUGAAUCCAGGGAUUGCAGUAUGAAAUUUGAAUCAUUCAUGCAUUUGAAUUAUUAUAAUUAUUUUCUUUCUUGAAGUGUUCCAUGUAAAAAAUAUAAUAAAAAAUAAACAUUUUAAAAUA